UUCGCUCCCCUCCCUCACUUUGCACCCUGCACCCCCGAGAGCAAAGGGAUUGCAAGAAGUUCUUGCAGGAACGGAGAGGCUGCGAGUGGCGGCCUCUUCCCAGGGAAAGCAAAAGGAGCCGCCCGGGAUAGUGCAUCGUCCCGAGAAAGUGUUACAAGCUCAGGAGCCCUUCAUGGCGGUGGCUGCUAAACAUUCUGAUGCAUUGAAGGAUGUGUCGUAUGCCUCUCAGAAGCUGGUCUCUGGGGGCACCUUCCAGGAGGAUCCAUCACAAAACACAUCAUCAGAGAAUGAAAUGUCACUGAUGGCACGUGUGGAAACAUUUCUUCUUCGUGGUAAAGCAAAAACAGCAAUUGUAGUUCCAACUCAGGAUCCCAUGGCUUUUGAGGAUGUAGCUGUGUUUUUCUCUAAGGAGGAGUGGGCCCUGCUGGAUUUUGACCAAAAAUCCCUGUACAUGGAGGUCAUGCUAGAAAAUGCUAGGAAUGUAGCUUCCUUGGGAUGGGAGACUGGGGAUUACGAACAGCCAACUGUGGAACCCCUUGAAAGGGUCAAAACUGAAACUGGAGAAGUGAAUUUUGGAAAUCGGUGGGGAUUAAAAGGAUCUGAGGACAAUAUGUUAACCAGUAGGCCAGAGAACUUGCCUUCAAAUUGUGCAGAAAUCCAUGUCUUCCUAAUCCAGGAUCACAAGGAAAGAGGAAUGUGCCUGGGAUGUGGAAAAAUAAUCAAAGAUAAAUUGGACUUAUGUGAAUCUUGCAGAACCUACCCUAAAGAACAGCAAUAUGAAUACAUGGAAUAUGGGAAAAAAUACAAUUGGACUAUCCCUCUUACUUUGCAUCAAACCAUCUACAUGGCAGAAAAGUCGUAUAAAUGCAUGGAGUGUGGAAAGAGCUUCAGGGGCUUGAGAUCCUUUACUUCCCAUAAAAGGAUACAUUCAGGGGAGAAACCAUACCAAUGCAUGGAGUGUGGAAAGAGCUUCACUGUAAGUAGUCACCUUACUUCCCAUAAAAGGAUUCACACUGGAGAGAAACCAUACAUCUGCAUGGAGUGUGGAAAGAGUUUCAGACAGAGUGGUCAGCUUACUUCCCAUAAAAGAAUCCACACAGGAGAGAAACCAUAUAAAUGCAUGGUGUGUGGAGACAGUUUCAGUGGGUUGAGUUCUUUUUCUUCCCAUAAACGGGUCCACACAGGGGAGAAACCAUAUCAAUGUACAGAGUGUGGAAAAAGCUUCAGUAUGAGCAGUUCUCUUACUUCUCAUAAAAGAAUCCACUCAGGAGAAAAACCAUAUAAAUGCAUGGAAUGUGGAAAGGCUUUUAGCAUGAGCAGUUCUCUUACUUCCCAUAAAAGGAUUCACUCAGGGGAGAAACCAUACAAAUGUAUGGAUUGUGGAAAGACCUUCAGUCAGAGCAGUAAUCUGAUUUCCCAUAAAAGGAUCCACACAGGGGAGAAACCAUAUACAUGCAUAAAGUGCGGAAAAAGUUUCAGGUGGAGAAUCCGCCUUACUUUCCAUGAAAGGAUUCAUACAGGGGAGAAACCAUAUAAGUGCAUGGAAUGUGGAAAGAACUUCAGCAUGAGCAGUUCCCUUUCUUCUCAUAAAAGUAUCCAUUCGGGGGAGAAACCAUAUAAAUGUAUGGAAUGUGGAAAGAGUUUCAGUAUGCGGAGUUCCCUUACUUCCCAUAAAAGGAUCCAUUCAGGGGAGAAACCCUAUAAAUGCAUGGAGUGUGGGAAAGGAUUCUGUACCAGUGGUCACCUUAAUUCCCAUAAGCGGAUCCACUCAGGGGAGAAACCAUAUCAAUGUUUGGAAUGUGGAAAGAACUUCAGCAUGAGGAGUUCCCUUACUUCCCAUAAAAGCAUCCACUCAGGAGUGAAACCAUAUACAUGCAUGGAGUGUGGGAAGAGCUUCAGUACUAGGAGUUCACUUACUUCCCAUAAAAGAAUCCAUACGGGGGAGAAACCUUAUCAGUGCAUGGAAUGUGGAAAGAGUUGCUGCACUAGCAGUGAUCUUACAUCCCAUAAAAGGAUCCACUCAGGGGAGAAGCCAUAUGAGUGCAUGGAGUGUGGAAAAACCUUCAGUAUGAGCAGUUCUCUAACUUGCCAUAAACGAAUACAUACAGGGGAAAAACCAUACCAAUGCUCUGAGUGUGGAAAGAGCUUCAACAGAAGCAGUCAUUACACUUCACAUAAAAGGAUCCAUUCAGGUGAGAAACCAUACAAAUGUAUAGAUUGUGGAAAAUGCUUUGCUCAGAGCAAUCAACUUACUUCCCAUAAAAGGAUCCACACAGGAGAGAAGCCAUAUAAAUGUAUGGAGUGUGGAAAGAGUUGCAAUACCAGCAGUGAUCUUACUUCCCAUAAAAGGAUCCAUUCAGGGGAGAAACCAUAUAAAUGCAUGGAGUGUGGAAAAACCUUUCGUAUUAGCUCUUCCCUUACUUGCCAUAGAAGGAUCCAUACAGGGGAGAAACCAUAUCAGUGCCAAGAAUGUGGUAAGCGCUUCAAUAUUAGCUCUUCCCUUACUUGCCAUAGAAGGACCCACACAGGGGAGAAACCAUACAAAUGUUUAGAGUGUGGAAAGAGUUUCAGUCAGAAUGGUCACCUUACUUCUCAUAAGAAGAUCCACAUAGGGGAAAAAGCAUACUCAAAUAUUUAGUAGUGAAAGAUCUUCAGUGACUCCAGUUCCCUUAUAUCCAAUAAAAGUAUCAUGGAUGUGAUGCCUAGUGUGUGGGAAACAAUAUUUUGACUCAGUUUCCCUUCUUGUAAAAGGUCCAUAUGUGGGACCCCCCAUGCAACUUCAUUAAGCAUGGAAAGAGCCUUACUUUCAACUAGUUCCCAUAAAAAAUCUUCAUAGAGAAAAGCACACAAAUAUAUUACAUGUGGGAAGAGUUUCAGGGACUCCAGGUCUGAGUUGAUGAUUACAUGCAGGGAUGAGAUACGGAUACGGUGAGAAGCCAAUAGAUCCAGAGUCUAUCCCUUGUUGAAAGAUUGACUCUUGUAUUCUUACAAGGGUUUUUGGCUCUUGUAAACCUAUUGGCCAUGAGGGGGAAUAAUUGUACAAGCAUCCUUUAGCAAAAGGGCUCUGUUUACCAUCCUUUCCUUGCAUAGGAACACUGAAUUCUGAUGUUCCUAUCUAGCUAGUGUGCUUAGACUGUCCACCCAGUGGUUAGGCUGCUAUUCUGAGGGCUGUUAUUUCCAGUUCCUGAUUCCAUCUUGUUCAUUUUCUUGCUCGCUUGCUCUCCAUAAGAGAAAACAUGUUGGUCUUAAGCUGGAGACAUCGGUACCACAGGCCGUUUUAUCAUAAUGGCACUUCCGGGAUAAAGAUUAUCUUUUUGCUUUCUUUUGUUCAAGCACCUGUUUCUAGAGUUCUUCAGCUCUCCUGAUUUUACUGUUUCUCUCUACACGCACACUUUUUGCUGUACUGAUUCCAGCUGUCCCACCAUAUAUAACUACAUAUAACCAAUGUUUACAUGUGCAGUGGGAUGCAACAGGAACACUGAUAUUUUUAUUAAACACGUACAGUAAUAAAAGGAUGAGGGAUCUUUCUUCCAACUCUGAAUUGGCAUCCGGGUGUUUGACAUUUGUUGAGAAAAGAAACCCCAGCUGAAUAUGAGCAAUUGUGUAGGAGGUACAGAUGGCUGCAAAUUACUGUGAAUUGAAUAUUUGGCAAUCCUGAAUUGUAGCCCUAACAUCUGGAUAUGCAGUACUAUGUCUUAUUCCUGAUAUUUGCUUUAUGGGCUGAAUAACUAUUUCUCUCUCUAUUUCUCUAUCUAACCAGAAUUCUCUCUCUUGUCUUCCCUCUCCUGUCCAGUUCUCUCUUCCACUCACCAGCUUUGUCUCUUCCUUCUCUUUCCAGUAUAGCUUCUCAUCUCCCUUCUGUUUUAGCCUUUUUCAUUUUUCUGCCAGAAGAAUGGAGGGGAGUGUGUCCAUGCACAUAUGGUUCACAUAUGCAGCUGGGGAUCAAUCUGCUACUUUAACUGACUGGCAUUUUUAUCUGCUUUAUCAUUUUUAUCUAUUAAUUCACAUUAAAUUAUUUUUGUCCUGUGUUGUUUCUGAUGUGUAUAAUAUAUAGGCACAUGAACACAUGCAUAUGUAUGUAUGCAAUUAUAUGUCACAAUCAUUUAUUGGGAGUGAAGGAUUUAAUAUUUUUGUCCUGGAUCUCCCAUUUUGGAGUAUGGCUUCUGAUGUGUACAUAGAUGUGGCCAAACCACUACCCAAAAUGUUGCCAAGAAAAUUGUGUGGAUGAGUCCAUGGAGUCUCUAGGAGUGAAGACUGGCAGAGGCAAACAUGCACGUGUAUGUGCGUCACACAAAUUUAUGGGGGGGGAUUAGUCUCACCUGGUAUUGGCAUCAGGCCUUGGCAUUCGGGACAUUCUGGAUAUUACACAGGAUUUUCAUUUGUACUUAAUUCUUUUUUGAAUGUCUACACUGUUUCUUAUGUUUUUUUCGUGUACACAGUCAUAUUCCUUUCAGGUAAAUACAAUAAUAAAAUAUCUUUCUCAUAUUCCAUUAUUAAAAUAGGUUUACAUUAACUUAACUGCAUCUCUGUUAAACUCUUCACUCCUUUCAAAGGAUCCGCUAUGCUCACAGGAUUUACUUAAUCCACUCUUCCUUUCUCCACCAUUUUACAUUUUCUGAGGUAAAUUUUUAGAGAACUUCAUCUUUUUCCAUUUAGAAUCCAGUUUUCCUUCCAUAUUCUUGAUUUUUCUUUCCUUCAGGUUCUCCAUUUUGCCCUCCCAUAGCUUAUCACCAGGUGCCAUAGAGACCAUCUUUUAUCACAUCAGAUCAGUGUCUGUUCCUCAAAAAAUUGUUCUUAAUUUCUUCAGUAAAUUAGCUAGAAAGUCUUCCCAUUGACAAACACUAUGGAGCAGAAUCCC